CAUGGCGAUCAGGAGUGUUAUUACCAGGAUGACCUACGGGUAUUGUCCAGUCUUACCAAAAAGGAGCACAUGAAAGGGAAUGAGACCAUGCUGGAUUUUCGGACAAGCAAAUUUGUGCUGCGCAUAUCCCGGGACUCGUACCAACUCCUGAAGCGGCAUCUCCAGGAGAAGCAGAACAACCAGAUCUGGAACAUCGUGCAGGAGCACCUGUACAUCGACAUCUUCGAUGGGAUGCCGCGGAGUAAGCAGCAGAUAGACGCCAUGGUGGGGAGCCUGGCGGGAGAGGCCAAGCGAGAGGCCAACAAGGCCAAGGUGUUUUUUGGCUUGUUAAAAGAACCAGAAAUUGAGGUGCCUUUGGACGAUGAGGAUGAAGAAGGAGAAAAUGAAGAAGGAAAACCUAAAAAGAAGAAGCCUAAGAAGGACAGCCUGGGGUCCAAAAGCAAGAAGCAGGAUCCCAACGCUCCACCUCAAAACCGAAUCCCUCUUCCUGAGCUGAAAGAUUCAGAUAAGUUGGACAAGAUCAUGAACAUGAAAGAAACCACCAAACGCGUGCGCCUUGGGCCGGACUGCCUGCCCUCCAUUUGUUUCUAUACGUUCCUCAACGCUUACCAGGGUCUGACUGCAGUGGAUGUCACUGAUGACUCUAGUCUGAUUGCUGGAGGUUUUGCAGACUCAACUGUCCGGGUGUGGUCUGUGACACCCAAAAAGCUUCGUAGUGUCAAACAAGCAUCAGAUCUUAGCCUCAUAGACAAAGAAUCAGAUGAUGUCUUAGAAAGAAUCAUGGAUGAGAAAACAGCAAGUGAGUUGAAGAUUUUGUAUGGUCACAGUGGGCCUGUCUACGGAGCCAGCUUCAGUCCCGAUAGGAACUACCUGCUGUCCUCUUCAGAGGAUGGCACUGUUAGACUGUGGAGCCUUCAGACGUUUACGUGUUUGGUGGGAUAUAAAGGACACAACUACCCAGUAUGGGAUACGCAGUUUUCCCCUUAUGGAUAUUACUUCGUGUCUGGGGGCCACGACCGCGUAGCUCGGCUCUGGGCUACAGACCACUAUCAGCCUUUAAGGAUAUUUGCUGGCCAUCUUGCUGAUGUGAAUUGUACCAGAUUCCAUCCGAACUCUAAUUAUGUUGCUACGGGCUCUGCAGACAGAACUGUGCGGCUCUGGGAUGUCCUGAAUGGUAACUGUGUGAGGAUCUUCACUGGACACAAGGGACCAAUUCAUUCCCUGACGUUUUCUCCCAAUGGGAGAUUCCUGGCUACAGGAGCGACGGAUGGCAGAGUCCUCCUUUGGGACAUUGGACAUGGUUUGAUGGUUGGAGAAUUAAAAGGCCACACCGACACAGUCUGUUCACUUAGGUUUAGUAGAGAUGGUGAAAUUUUGGCAUCAGGUUCGAUGGACAAUACAGUUCGGUUGUGGGAUGCUAUCAAAGCAUUUGAAGACUUAGAGACCGAUGACUUUACCACAGCCACGGGACAUGUAAACCUGCCUGAGAACUCACAGGAGUUACUGCUGGGAACAUACAUGACUAAGUCAACACCAGUUGUGCACCUCCAUUUCACGCGAAGAAACCUGGUUCUUGCUGCAGGAGCUUACAGCCCACAGUAGACCACCAGUGUUAAUAAGACCUCUCAAAGCUCCUGUUUGGACAAGGGAGACUAAAAGCAAAUACCUCAGUGACUAAGCCACAAAGACGCCACUGUCUCUGUGGACCUGGAAGCUGCUGCUCGCAAAGUCCGACAGGACCGCCCCACCUUUCUACAGCAACGUGUUGAACUUGUUUCCGUUAGUUGAGUAAGAGGGGUUAUGUUCACGGAGGGGACAUUUAUGGUGCUUUGGAUUGUGUGGAAACUAUGCAUUUUCUGUUGAAAUGCUAUUUUAAUUUAUUAUGUUUAGAGAAAAUGAUUUCAACAACUCAUCCUGCUUCAAGAUUCAAAUUGAGAAACAGAAUUAAUACCACCUUGAAUUCCAGUUGAAGAGCCCUAUGAGCAUGUGUUUCUGUGGUAGAGAUGCAGUCACUGCACGGCACUUGAGCACCGCGUUAAAUGACCCACUGACACUUCUUUUCUCGGCCCGUGAUGACCGGAGUGGGCAGGUGAGCUGCAGUUCCUUUCUUACUUCUAGCUGCUGUACAGCCACCCACUGACAUCUGAAUUUACACCUGUUGAGUUUUGCGUGAGCCCGGGCACUCUGUCAACCAGGUGAAGAAGUGUAGUUUCCAUGUUCUACUUCAACCAAAACAGCUCCAUAAAGCCUAGUGCACUUGAAGUCAGGCAGACAUUUCAGUUGCUAACCUCCAGUACUGAGCCUUGCUUUGGGAAACUAAAAGGUGUAGACCAAGUCACUGCCAGUUUUUGCCUUUGUUGCAUUUUGUACAGUUUUUAUAUUUUUGAUACCUUGUAAAUAAAGACAAACAGCUUUUCCAGGUU